AAUGGACAAAAGCUUUUCCCUUUUGGGUGUCAGGCCUAUAAUGUGGACAUUAGCAGUGCAACAACUUUCACCAUGCGGUUUCUGCCCCAUUGUAGCUCCACAGAUCAGUGGAGCACACACUGCUAUGUGCUAUGUUUGUUCCUCCUCAUCAACUGCUUUGGAGCAGCUUCUCCCCUUUAUGCUCCUCCCGCGCCAACAGGUCUCCUCUCUGCUUUCUCUGCCACGCAAACCAGUAGCGUGGUGGGAGGCAAGCAGAAGGCAGUAACCUUCAACAGGCUCGUGGUCAACAUCGGAGGGGAUUUCAAUCCAGACACUGGCCACUUCCGCUGUCGCAUCCCCGGGGCUUACUAUUUCUCCUUCUCUGUGGGGAAAUUUCCCAAAAAAAUGCUUUCUGUCAUCCUGGUGAAGAACGGAGAGGAGGUGCAGGCUAUAGCUUAUGACGACUUCCGCAAGAAAGGGAGAAAAGUUCAGAGCCAAAGUCUUAUGAUCGGUUUGAAGAAAAUGGACAUAGUGUGGUUGCGCUUGCAGCCUAGCCCCCAGUAUGCUUUGUACAGCAACGCUGGGCCUUACAUCACCUUCUCAGGUUACCUGGUCUAUCCUGAUGCCAUGGCAACCAGCUACAUCAGCAACCACUUGUCUACACCUGCUCUACCCUACCCAAACUGUCCACCUCAGGUCAGAGGCCAGAGAGAGCAGCCGCGGUCUGCCUUCUCAGUAGCACGGACAUCAACCCUCAUGGGUCACAGCAGCUGGACACAAGAAAAGCCACCAAUCACCUUUGAUGUAGAAUAUGUCAACAUAGGGGGCCAUUUCAACAAAACCUCUGGCCGCUUCACCUGCCACUUCCCAGGGGUGUACUUCUUCGCCUUCACUGUGGGGAAACAUCCUCGUAGGGCUGUUUCAGUGAAGCUGAUGACCGGGAAGGGUGAGGUGCAGGCGAUGGUGUUUGAUGAUGACACAUCAAAGAGAAGGGAAAUGCAGAGUCAGAGUUUGUUGCUGUCUCUCAGCAGGGGCGACAGCGUGUGGCUGUACAGUCAACAGGAUGAGCGCUUUGCUGUUUACAGCAACCAGGGCAGGUACACCACGUUCUCAGGCUUCCUGGUUUAUCCAGAUACAGAAACACCUGCCACCAGCCAGGAGGACAGAGGUCACCUAUAAAUGUCUUAAGGUUGUAGCUGUUUUUUGUUCCCAGCCUGCAGUUUAUCUCCACGUCAAUGAGUCAGGUAGAAUAUUUAAACUGUGGUCAGCAUAGUUUAACAGAUUCCUCUCUCUCUUUCUUUUUGUAACAUUUUGUUUGUUUUUAUUAAACAGUGUUAUUCCAAAAGGUAACAUUUGUUGCCACCAGAUGGUGCUAUGAUACAGCUAAGUGCAAUGUUCUCUUAGAAAAUCUGUGAUACAGUUUGGGUUUAGGUGCACAGAUACAACUAUCUGAGAAUUUUCAUUUUAAAAAAGUGAACAUUGCAUGACAAAAAAAAACGUUGUAAAUGAUGUAAAGUUUAUUCGAAUUUAUGUACUACAAAAUGUAGACUUAGAGUUGCACCAUGUUAAAGUUAUUUAACUUUUAUUUGUAGAAAGAUCUGAUUAAAUGAUUUGUGUGCAU